GGGAAGGUCCGAAGGCCGGUCCUGGGCUGCACCGGGCGUGGGUCGGCCGCAAUCCAGCCCGGGCGGAGCCGGCAGCUGCGAGCUGCAGCCUAGAGGCCGAGGCGCUCACAGCUCUGGGCUGGAGGCUCCGGAGAGCUCGGGGGUUCCCGAUGCUGCUGCUGCUGCUGCUGCUGCUCUGGCCGGCGCCGGGCACUGGGGUGCUUCCAGGACCUACCCUUGGGCAGCCAGUCACCGCCAGCUGGGUCCGGGAUGGACGACCCUGGCACAGCGCCAGCCUGGAGGAGCCGGUAUGGAGGCCAGACGUGGGACUUGUGGCCCUGGAGGCUGAAGGCCAGGAGCUCCUGCUUGAGCUGGAGAAGAACCACAGGCUGCUGGCCCCAGGAUACACAGAAACCCACUACCGCCCAGAUGGGCAGCCAGUGGUGCUGGCCCCCAACCACACGGAUCAUUGCCACUACCAAGGGCGAGUGAGGGGCUUCCCCGACUCCUGGGUAGUCCUCUGCACAUGCUCUGGGAUGAGUGGCCUGAUCACCCUCAGCAGCAAUGCCAGCUAUUAUCUGCAUCCCUGGCCGCCUCAGAGCUCCAAGGACUUCUCAACCCACAGGAUCUUCCGGAUGGAGCAGCUGCUCACCUGGAAAGGAGCCUGUGGCCACAGGGAUCCCGGGGACAAAGCCGGCAUGGCCAGCCUUCCUGGUGCUCCCCAGAGCAGGGACAGGCGAGAAGCAAGCAGGACCCCGAGGUACCUGGAACUGUACAUAGUGGCAGACCACAGCCUGUUCGUGACCCAGCACCGGAACCUGAACCACACCAAACAGCGGCUCCUAGAAGUCACCAACUACGUGGACCAGCUUCUCAGGACUCUGGACAUUCAGGUGGUGCUGAUUGGCUUGGAAGUGUGGACCGAGCGGGACCGCAGCCGCGUCACGCAGGACGCCAACGCCACGCUCUGGGCCUUUCUGCAGUGGCGCCGGGGCCUGUGGGCGCAGCGGCCCCACGACUCCGCACAGCUGCUCACGUGGGUGCCUCUGAGCCCAACGCGGGUCCCAGGAGGGGCGCCCUCGCCUCCCGGCCCCGCCCCGGUCACGCCGCGCUCCAUCCCCAGGGGCCGCGCCUUCCAGGGCUCCACAGUGGGCCUGGCGCCCGUCGAGGGCAUGUGCCGCGCAGAGAGCUCGGGAGGCGUGAGCAUGGACCACUCGGAGCUCCCCAUUGGCACCGCAGCCACCAUGGCCCAUGAGAUCGGCCACAGCCUCGGCCUCAGCCACGACCCCGACGGCUGCUGCGUGGAGGCAGCGGCCGAGCCCGGAGGCUGCGUCAUGGCCGCGGCCACCGGGCACCCGUUCCCACGCGUGUUCAGCGCCUGCAGCCGCCGCCAGCUGCGCGCCUUCUUCCGCAAAGGGGGCGGCGUGUGCCUCUCCAAUGCCCCAGACUCCGGGCUCCCGGUGCCACCAGCACGCUGCGGGAACGGUUUCGUGGAGGCCGGCGAGGAGUGUGACUGCGGCUCUGAUCAGGAAUGCCGUGACCUCUGCUGCUUCGCUCACAAUUGCUCGCUGCGCGCGGGGGCCCAAUGUGCCCAUGGGGACUGCUGCGCCCACUGCCUGCUGAAGCCGGCUGGAGCACCGUGCCGCCAAGCCAUGGGCGACUGUGACCUCCCUGAGUUCUGCACCGGUACCUCCCCGCACUGUCCCCCGGACAUUUACUUACUGGAUGGCUCGCCCUGCGCCGGGGGCAGUGGCUACUGCUGGGAUGGCGCAUGUCCCACGCUGGAGCGGCAGUGCCAGCAGCUCUGGGGGCCUGGCUCCCAUCCAGCCCCCGAGGCCUGUUUCCAGGUUGUGAACUCUGUGGGAGAUAUCCAUGGGAACUGUGGCCAGGACAGCGAGGGCCAUUUCCUGCCCUGUGCUGAGAGGGAUGCCCUGUGUGGGAAGCUGCAGUGCCAGGGCGGAAAGCCCAGCCCACUCACAUCACACAUGGUGCCAGUGAACUCCACCGUUCACCUAGAUGGCCACGAAGUGACCUGUCGGGGAGCCUCAGCACUCCCUGGUGCCAAGUUGGACCUGCUUGGCCUGGGCCUGGUAGAGUCAGGCACCCAGUGUGGACCUAGAAUGGUGUGCCAGAGCGGGCGCUGCGAGAACACUGCCUUCCAGGAGCUGCAGCGCUGCCUGACUGCCUGCCACAGACGCGGGGUUUGCAAUAGCAACCAUAACUGCCACUGUGCUCCAGGCUGGGCUCCACCCUUCUGUGACAAGCCAGGCUUCGGUGGCAGCGUGGACAGUGGCCCUGUGCAGCCUGAAAGCCGUGACACCUUCCUGUUGGCCAUGCUCCUCAGCGCCCUGCUGCCUCUGCUCCCAGGGGCCGGCCUGGCCUGGUGUUACUACCGGCUCCCAAGAGCCAAUCUGCAGCGAUGCAGCUGGGGCUGCAGGAGGGACCCUGCGUGCAGUGGGCCCAAGGAUGGCCCACACAGGGACCACCCGCUGGGCAGCAUUCACCCCAUGGAGUUGGGCCCCACAGCCACUGGACAGCCCUGGCCCCUAGGCCCUGAGAACCCUCCUGAGCCCAGCAGCCACCCCGAGAAGCCUGUGGCCCGCAGCCUCGCCUGACCUGAAGGCUGGAGCCCCAGUCCUAAGGGGACGACAUAUCCUCCUCCUCCUCAGCAGAUCAAGUCCAGAUGCCAAGAUCCUGCCUCUGGUGAGAGGUAGCUCCUGAAAUGAACAGAUUUAAGGAUAGCUGGCCACUGACAGCCACUCCAGGAACUUGAACUCCAGGGGCAGAGCCAGUGAAUCACCGGACCUCUGGCACCUUCAGGAGCUUGGAAGUUUCUUUCCCACUGGAGCUCCAACCCACCCACUCCAGGACCCUAGAGCCUCAUUAGAAGCUGCCCAAUGGAGACCCCGCUCCUGAGGGGUAGGGGACACUGUUGGGCACACCCUCCAGCUCAAUAAUCCAUCAGUCCCAGAGGCAAAGGUCACACAGCCCCUGACCUUCCUCACCAGUGGAGGCUGGGUAGUGCUGGCCACCCGAAAAGGCCUCUGUCCUGUGAGGCUAGUGUGUCUCCUACAUGCAAUUUCCACAGAUCCAGCUCUGUGGAGGGCACGACUGCUGGCCAGAAGCUGGAACUCCGGGGCCCCUAUGGUUCCACUGAGUCCACACUCCCCUGGAGCUUGGCCCCUGCAAACAAACCCAGUUCUGGGGACCUUCCUUCCUGUUCCUUCCCACCCUGUCUUCUCCCCUAGAUGGUUCCUCAGCCCCAAUCCCAGUGCUGCAGCUGAGGUUCUGGAGGAACCUGGAGUCUGACAGCCUCUCCCCCAUUCUGUGUGUGGGAGGGGACAGAGGGAACCAUUUAAGAAAAGAUACCAAAGUAGAAGUCAGAAGAAAGACAUGUUGGCCAGGCGUGGUGGCUCAUGCCUGUAAUCCCAGCACUUUGGGAGGCAGGGGUAGGAGGAUCACUAGAGGCCAGGAGGUCAACACCAGUCUAGACAACACAGCAAGACCCCGUAUCUACAGAAAAAUUUAAAACUUAUCUGGGCAUGGUGGUGU